AUGUCGUUUUCGUUCUUUUCUGGAUUUUUCUUUCUUCACCAUAGUUCUUCAUCGUUUCUUACUGCAUUUCUUCCAAAUUUACCAUUUUUGUUUUUGUUCUCUUUUAUUCAUUGUUAUUCUUUUUCGUAUUUUCGACUUCUAUCUUCGCCGGCUUCUUUUUCUAAGCUUUUGUUCUAUCAUGAUCAUCAUUUUUUCCCUUUUUCUUCUUCUUCAUGUUCUCCUUCGUCAUUUCUUUCUUUUUUACCUUCAGAUUUUGUUUCGUAUUUUCUUGUCGUUAUAAUUUUCUUCUUUUUUUCUGCAUUUUCUUCUUUCUUUCAACAUUCUAUUUCAUUUUCGAUUUCUGUGUGUUCCUUUCUGUUUCUUUCGUGUCGGCCUUUUCUUCUUUUCUUCAUCAUGAAAAGUUUUACCUUCUCUAGUUUUCUUUAUUGCUUAAAUAAUCCAUUUCUAUCGUCUUCUGUCGUUUUCUUGUUCAAUUUUAUUUUUGUUCUGAAAUCUUACAUUUCUGAACCUAUCAUUAUCAUCAUUUCUUCUUCUUCUUCUUCUUCUUCUUCUUCUUCUUCUUCAUCAUCAUCUUCUUUUUCUUUUUCUUCUUCUUCUUCUCUUCCUCCAUCUCCUUCUCUUUCUUCUUCUUGCCUUUCUUUGUUACUACCAGUAAGUUGUAUUUUCUUACAUUAA